ACACACACACACACACACACACACACACACACACACACAAAAACACGCACACAAACAUACAGACACACACACAAUACGACGAAAUGUACCCCUCCCAUCCGAAAUAGAACAGCCCUUUCCUUUUGCAGGUUUACACACACUCACACACGCACACAAUCACACACACUCACACACGCACAUGCACUACAACUAAUACCUCUUUCCCUCUCACACACACACACACACACACACACACACACACACACACACACACACACACACACGACACUGCAGCAUUGCACAUUACUUCAACCCCCCACAUCCACCUCCCCUCACUAUUGGCUCCACCGACACACAGACACACGCACGCACACACCCAAAAUAACCCCCUCCCGCUAACCUUUUCACCCACACACAGAGACACUUCACAAACAGCAGCAAACACACUCUCUUCACAGCAUGAAUGAGGGCUUCAUUGUGCGACGGUUGAAAAUUGUGGCGGUGCACGCUCUCGCGUCCCCCCAGACGCCCCCCCCCCCCCCCCGACGCCCCCUAGAACCCCCUGAAUCUCCGGUCCGACCACCGACUCUACGAUCGUCACUUCUUGGAGUGAGAGCCGUGGCAGCAGGCUGAGUGAUUCAAACAUUACAUAUUAUGGCAACCAGCCAAAGGAACCUCAAUUGAUUGAUUCUUUAAUUCAGAUAUCAAUUUACAUCCACAUUAUUUACAUUCAGUUUACAUUCCAGAUCCAAACGUCAUCCAUGCAGUUAAUGGAAUGUACCUCUUGUGCAUAUUAUUCAAUAUAUACAAACCGAGUGUAGGCCCCUGUUACCAGCUGUACUGAAUGUUCAAGGUGUUAUAAAGAACAGCAUGACUAAACCGUCUCCAAAUAAUCUCAAAUGUCCUCCCAUGCAGGUUUCUAAUAUGAGAUCCCUUUUUACUGUAGAGGUGUUACACACACACACACACACACACACACACACACACACACACACACACACACACACACACACACACACACACACACACACACACACACACACACACACACACACAGAAGGCUCAAGCCUCCCUAUUGGAUACUCUCUAUCUGUGAUGUCAUCUGGGAAUGGUCUAUAAGAAGGACCUAUUGCUCAACAGCUCAUAAAGGGCGAGCACAGUGCUGAAAGAACAUGUCUGAGUUUUUGUGGGUGUGUGUCUGUGGCUGUAAGUGUGUGUGCAUGUGUGUUUGUGCGUGUGUUUGUGUGUUUGUUUGAAGAACAGUUCCCACGGCUGACUCUGUGAUCUGAAGCGUAGCAGAACGGGAGCUCUGACCGAUGGGCUCGGAGGACUUACGGGGCUCUCCUCAGACAACCCUGGAGAAGGCAGGGAGAGAGACGUUGUAGGAAUCCUUCACAGCAGAGCAGGUGGAACUAGGGUCGCAGUGGAGACCAGCCGUAUGUUCCCGGACUUCUAACAUGCAUGCUCAGUGUGUCUCCUGGAGGUGGAUGCAGAGUUCACAGGAAAGCAAAAAAUUCAUUGAAGGAAGAAGCUAAAGUGAGAUUGAAUUCCCAUUACAUUUGCAGUGAUGGAGAGUACUUCUGCUGUACCUUUGACCUACCAAUCACAAUCCACCAAUUCCUCCCAUCGUAACGGGUCCGGACCAGCAAAUUACACGGAGGCAGAGAUAGUUCUACUGGGAGCUGUCUUGUCAGUUCUAGUGCUGGCCAUAGUCCUUGGGAACGUGUUGGUGAUCACGGCCAUCCUGCGCUUCCAGCGGCUGCAGACCAUCACCAACCUGUUCAUCGCCUCGCUGGCGGUGGCCGACCUCAUCAUGGGCGUGGUGGUGGUACCCUUCGGCUCCAGCUACGUCCUGCUGGGCGUCUGGCGCUUCGGCACCCUGUUCUGCGAGCUGUGGACAGCGUCCGACGUGCUGUGCGUGACGGCCAGCAUCGAGACGCUGUGCGUGAUCGCUCUGGACCGCUACCUGGCUAUCACCUCACCCCUGCGCUACCCCAUGCUGCUCACCAGGCGCCGGGCCCUUGGCGUGGUGCUGGGGGUCUGGGUGGUGGCCUUCCUUAUCUCCUUCCUGCCCAUCCACAUGGAGUGGUGGGUAUUGGAGGGGGCCGAGGCCAGGCGCUGCCUCCAGGACCCCAGCUGCUGCGACUUCAACACCAACUUGGCGUACGCCGUCUCCUCCUCCAUGGUGUCCUUCUACCUGCCCCUGCUGGUCAUGAUCUUCACGUACGCCAGGGUCUUCCAGGAGGCCCGCAGACAGCUGGCCCAGAUCCGGGGCCGGCAGCAGCGCUUCAGCCACCUGCGCCGCGUCUCCACCGCCGCCGAGUCUCUGCGGAAGGCCGCCGCCGUGGAGUCCAGGAGGUGUGAGGAGGUAGAGGAAGAGGAAGAGGAAGAGGAGGAGGAGGAGGAGGAAGAGGAGGAGGAGGAGGAGGAGGAGGAAGGGGAGGAGGGGGAGGAGGAGGAACAUGUGAGCAACACGUGCGAGUGGCAGGCAAGGGCCAGAGGAGGAGGGGUGAAGGAAGGAGGGGGAAAGGCACUCAUGAACGGACGUGGCGGACACGGAGAGGCGUUGACCUCCAAAACAGACAAGGGCGGGGCUAAGAUUGUGGCCCCGAGACGCCAUAAGUUCUCACUGAAGGAACACAAGGCAGUGAAGACUCUGGGGAUUAUAAUGGGCACCUUCACGCUUUGCUGGCUGCCCUUCUUCAUCCUCAACAUCCUCAUGACCUUCCUCGACCUGGGGAACGUGUGGAUCCCCUACAGGCUCCUCAACUGGCUGGGCUACUCCAACUCAGCCUUCAACCCCCUCAUCUACUGCCGCAGCGCCGACUUCAGGCACGCCUUCCAGGAGAUCCUGUGCCUCAGGCGGGGCAGGAGGGGCGUCGCUGCGCGGAGGUGAUUGGACGGCUGGGAGAGGGGUGGUGGGGUUCAGUGGCGGCUGUCGUCCGCUGCACCUCUGGUAGGAGAGGAGAGCGAAAGACUGGAAACCCCCCAUUUCUAUUAGGCUCUGAUUCUGAGAUUACAUGAAUGACACAAACCAGACAAUUUGCAGGAGCGCAGUCGUAGUUCGCCAUCUUUGGGUUCAUUUCUCAAGCCGUUUUCUCUGAUCACAUAACGGACAGACCGCACUCUGAUAAGCUCUGAAUAUUUUGCUACUUCCGUUUGUAUUUGUAUGGCUUGAAUUUUCUGACUUGUAUUUUCACCACUUGGAUAUGGGUGAUCAUAUUUUGAAUAUCUGAAACUUGAUUUGUUAGUUUAAAUAAGUUAACAUUGUGUUUCUGAAAUGGAAAAACUUGAAAGGCCAUAUUCUAAUUUCAAAGAGGUGAAUUAACCUUGUUUUCAAAGUAUAAUAAUUCAACGCAAUGAAUUCAAAGGUGGUUACAUUAACAUAAACAAAUGCAAUGGCUUUUAAAACAUUUACCAUGCUUCCGCACUUUGAAUAGAUUGUUCCCAGUUACUUUAUUCAGUCAUUACCGUAACUAUUGAAUUUGUCGUCAGUGUUAAAAGAGUUAUGAUGCAGUCCAUGAGUAAACCACGCUCAACUGUCCCCUGAUGAUUUUUUAUACAUAUUGUGCUUCCUUGACUUUCAUUUUCCCCUGAACGUCCAUAUCCUUAAUCAGGCUCUGCAUAGCAUUCAGGGUGACAAACCCACUGUAAUAUUUACAGUACUGAAUGGUUCGAUAUAAACAAGAUGAACUUAAACUAAACUGUGCUGCAGCAGAUAUGGUGUAGAAAUCCAUCCAGACAUUCAGUUACACAUAAGCUUUCCAAUGAUUACACAAUUAGUGUCUGAGUGCCCAACCCACAAAAUGACAUAAGCAGCACAUAGUAUGUGAGAGCAUUUGUGGUACCAGAGCCUGGUCAAUGUUUAACACGUGGUUUAUUCAGAGACACGAGGUAAAGGAGCUUGCCCUCUGGAGAUUGUUCAUGAAGCAUCUGCUGAAAUCCAGGAACAAUUCAGUCUAUUGGUGUGGGAGGAAUGGUUGAUAAGCCAAGCCUACAGGGUCUGACUUACCUCAGACCCAUAAAACUUCAAGUGUUGACCACUGUAUUACAUUUACAAUUGGGUCAUUUAGCAGUUGCUAUUAUUCCAAGCGACUUACAAACAUUCAUACACACAUUCUCACAACGACGGCAGAGUCAUGUUGUCCAAUGAGGUACAGAUGAGAGCUUGAAUAUCUAAAUAAGGCAGGCAAAAUUAUAUUUAUAGAGUUUUGUCUUAACUGUGAUCUUAAAAAACACACCCUCAACUAUCUGCAAUUAAAAGAUAUUUGAGUGUAGGAAUCAAGGUUCACAAGGAAGCACUUCAAUGCAUAGUAUUCAAAGGUUGUACAGGUGUUCUAUUGUUUACAUACCAGUGUGAUCCAUGCACCUCCAAAGCUUUAAAAACGUUUUUUACACAAUGUUUAUUUAUUUAAGUUAUGUUUAAACAAGACACGAGCAAUAGGUGAGCAGGAAAAGGUCCUAGGGCUAAAUGAAUGGCUGUUUAUCACGUGAGCUGCACAAGAGCCUGUUUGUUACACCGGAAACAUUUGCCCAACAGUCCAUCAUUAUCUUCUCUGUUAGUUAUUUACAUUCAAUGUAGGAUUUGACCAAAUAGAUAGACAGGCAAAUAAGGCAUAGAGGAUAGGAGUUAUCUGGAAGCUGAAUACUGCAGCUGAAGGGUGGAGCUUUACCCUGUAUACUGUGGUGCAGCUGAAGGGUGGAGGUUUACCCUGUAUACUGUGGUGCAGCUGAAGGGUUGAGCUUUACCCUGUAUACUGUGGUGCAGCUGAAGGGUGGAGGUUAACCCUGUAUACUGUAGUGCAGCUGAAGGGUGGAGCUUUACCCUGUAUACUGUGGUGCAGCUGAAGGGUGGAGCUUUACCCUGUAUACUGUAGUGCAGCUGAAGGGUGGAGCUUUACCCUGUAUACUGUGACGCAGCUGAAGGGUGGAGCUUUACCCUGUAUACUGUAGUGCAGCUGAAGGGUGGAGCUUUACCCUGUAUACUGUAGUGCAUCUGAAGGGUGGAGCUUUACCCUGUAUACUGUGGUGCAGCUGAAGGGUGGAGCUUUACCCUGUAUACUGUGGUGCAGCUGGACGGUGGAGCUUUACCCUGUAUACUGUGGUGCAGCUGGACGGUGGAGCUUUACCCUGUAUACUGUAGUGCAGCUGGAGGGUGGAGCUUUACCCUGUGGUGCAGCUGAAGGUGGAGGUUGCCUCUCUGAAUGCUGUAGUGUAGAUGAAGGGAGGAGGUUUAUACUGUUUUGAGGUGUAUUUGGCAUCGUACUACAUAAAUGCUUCACGUCUUGCAACAAAAACAUA